UCUGUUGUCUGUUUUCACAUCCUGUGUAUCUUUUCGAUGAGUGAGUUACUCUUGUGGAGGAGAGAAAGACGAAGAGGGGGCGGCGUGUAUGAUGUUGUGUAUCUGCAUUCUGGCUGCGACUGUGCUUUCCAUUCGCACUUAAUCUGUCAAGAUUUCUCCCCUCCUCGCACAUGAGAACGAUGCAGAAGUGUACUGGCACUGUUGGGUAGAGAGAGGGAGAGGGAGAGAGAGAGAGCUGUAUGUGCUUCAGACUGCGCAGUGAUGUCUUGGCAGCUUCAGGAACCAGGCGCAUGUUCGUUUCAGUAAUCCCCUCUUCUUCCUUUUCUAGGCUUCGGACGAGGAGAUGCAGACCAUAAGGAUCUCCAGCGGUCUGUCAGGGCUGCAAGGGAAAAAUAACCUCAGACUCGAGCAGGAAUAAGUGGACCCCCCCUGUUAGGGAGCAGAGAGUUAACACACAAACCUUCAUGAGAGGUGGCCUACUGCGAAAAACCAUGAAAAAGAUAUACAUCGGGAAAACGGCCCUUAAAACCUCUCGAAAUGGUUGUAAACAUCAGAAAAAGAGCUCUCUGCAGGAGCAGAAGGAGGACCUGCGCAAGCGUCUCUCAUACACCACUCAUAAGCUGGAGCUGUUGGAGCGAGAGUUCGACUCCACGAGGCAGUACCUGGAGACAGAGCUGCGCCGAGCUCAGGAAGAGCUCGACAAGUUUACAGACAAAUUACGCCGAAUACAGAGCAGUUACUCAGCACUGCAGAGGAUCAACCAGGACUUAGAGGAUAAAAUCCACCGAAAUUCCCAGCAUCACGAUGAUGAGAAACGGGCUCUCAGUCGCGAAAUCAUCGUUCUUAACAAUCAUCUCAUGGAAGCCAAGAUGACCAUUGAGAAACUCAGAGAGGACAAUGACUUGUACAGGAAAGACUGUAACCUUGCUGCACAGCUCUUGCAGUGCAAUAAGUCACAUUACAGAGCCCAGUUGUCUGAGUUGCCUGCAGAGUUUCAGGAGCGUGUGAGCUUGCACAUGGAGGGUUCUUCCCUCUGCCACUCCCCAUAUGCCGACACAGUGCCUGCCUCUGUCAUUGCUAAGGUCCUGGAGAAACCAGAAGAGGCCUGCAGCAGUCAAGCCUCUCGCUCACCCAGCCCACAACCUCAGGAACGCCAGGGCUUCCUUGUGGGCACCAGCCUUGUGGGUAGCACUGAGCGUCUUGGCCUCCGAGCUACUUACAAGUCAGACCUGUACAGCAGUGACACAGCACUUUAUUGUCCUGAUGAACGGAGACGAGAGCGCAGACCCAGCAUGGACCUCCAUGGACAAAGAAAGGUUUACGAGCCCCAGAACUCCACUGAUAGCAACCCAGAGGAGGGAUCAAUGUCCCUACAGCCCGGCUUCUCACAGGACCACUUCCGAAAGUUUACAACCUCUCUGGGAGGAGGCUCCAGCUCUUACUCCAGCUUUAGUGGAGGGGGAUCGGAGGACAAGGGUCAGGAUCCUCCGAGUAGUGCUGCAUCUUCUCCGCGCCACCCUGCCCUUUAUAUGGACUGGAGGGAUGGGGGUGAAUACGAGCACAAGAGCGAUUCCUCCUGGGAGCGGGAGAGUCCAAGCGCCUUUACAAAGGCACAUGCUUUUCAACAGCCUGAGACCAGCCACCAUCAGAAUGGUAGCUCGCCCAUUUACAGCAGAACAAUGUCCUCCUGUUACAGUGAGCCUUACGAGCCCCUGCCACCUUCCACCUCUCCAAGCAUCACCUACGGUGACAGUCGCCGCGGAAGUGCUUUUGCUCCCGAGGAAGAAGAGCUGAUUGGGCGGUGGAGGCAACUCAGCGUGGAGGAUCUGAGUGCCCACUCAUACCGCAGCCCAGGGCGAGCAUCGCCCUACAGUUUCUCUGAGCAGCACUUCUCUGUUCGGCCUGCAAAAAUUCGCCUUGGUCCACUCUACAGUAGCUUCCAGGAGGGUACUGAUGUAUACCAUCAUGCUGGGGUACUUGACCCCUUCUCCAGCCCAAGCCCUGACUGCAGCCCAGGUUUACGACAACAGCAAAGCCAACCUCAUCUGUACCGCUCCAAGGAGGAUAGCCAAGAGUCCGAGCAUAGCCUCUACAGCCCUAAGGACGGUGGGGUGGCAGCUGGGGGCCAAGCAACUGAAUAUGUUGAUGUAAGUCCAAACAGCUCAAAUGAGUCACUGGACCAUGGAUCUCUGGAAAUGGGUGCUGAACUGCAGCAUUAUCAACCCGAGAGGCACAGCGUGUCCCCUCAGGGAACCACCCCACCACCUCCUCCACAACAACCGUACCAAAAAUUUGGCACACUAGGGCUGUCACGUAAGGACAGUCUUACCAAGGCACAGCUCUAUGGUACUCUACUAAACUAGGUGUGGGGUUUCUUGGUUACUCUCUUUUGCAGCUCUAUGGUACUAAGAGCAGGGUGUCCUGGUUACCCUCUUUUGUUGGUAGGUUUUGAAUGUUAAGCUACAGUUUGAGCCAAACACUAGAUGGGAUUUUCUGCUGAAUCUUUUCAUUCCAUCAGCUCUCUUAUCUUUUUUUUCCCCUCUCGAUUUCUGUAUCUGUUACAGUGUUUUCUAAACAUCAAACAUGAAUCGCUCAUGUUUGUACAGUUGAUAUGAAGCUCUAACACUCAGCACUAUUUGUAUAGCCUAUUUUGAAAGUUUAUUAAUGGUUCUGUGUGGUUUGUGAGAAAGUAUUUUAAGUGCAUUAGGUAAUUAUGGACUUUUGGAAACAAGUCUUCAGUCUUCAGAGAGAGAGAGAGA